AGUGUCAUGUGUCACAGACAGUCGCAGUUGCGAUUUUCGCGGUUGUUUUUCGCUUCUCUAAGAAAUGUGUGAGCGCUAAAAUUGUUAUUUGUUAUAAAACGUGGAUUAAAAUUAGAUAAUAGUUUCUAAAUAACUAAAGGAUUAUACUACAGGGAAAUUUUCUGCUAUAGUGUGAAGAAAACCUCUUAAAUCAUGGCCUAUAAACUUUCAGAAGGAUCUCUUGAGAUAAUUAUGAACGGUGGUCAUUAUGAUAAGCCGGUAAUGCAAGUGUUAGGAAGCAAAAAGAUCCAAGGGAGUGGAGCAAACGAGCGGUUUCGCCUGCUGGUGUCUGACGGGAAGCACUCCCACAGUUUCGCCAUGCUUGCGACACAGCUAAAUGACAAAUUGAUCACAGGAGAACUCUCAGACUAUUCAGUUGUACAAAUUGAUCGCUUUGUCACAUCACUGCUUAAGAAUACAGGCAAAGGAGAAAAGAGGGUAAUGAUCAUCUUGGACAUUACCAUCUUGGCUUCUGGGGCAGCAGUUGGGAAAAAGAUUGGAAACCCGGUAACAUGGUCUGAGGAUGCUGCACCAACAACCCCUGCUCAGGCCCCGAUGCAACCUGUGCCUAAACAAAACCCAGCACCAUCUCCGAUAGGACGUAUGGCUAAUGGUUCAGCCCCCAGUCUAGACACCAGUCUAAUAUCCUCACAGAUGACUCACCCUAUAGCCAGCUUGAGUCCUUAUCAAAACAAAUGGAUAAUAAAAGCUCGCGUGAUGAGCAAGUCGCCGGUGCGCACGUGGAGCAACGCCCGCGGAGAGGGCAAGCUGUUCAGCAUGGACCUCUGCGACGAGAGCGGCGAGAUCCGCGCCACCGCCUUCAGGGACGCCGUCGACAAGUUCUACGACAUGAUACAGGUGGACAAAGUAUAUUACAUCAGCCGCUGCCAGCUCAAGACUGCUAACAAACAGUUUACCAAUUUGAAGAACGACUAUGAGAUGACGUUCACUAACGAGACAGUAGUCGCCGAGUGCACUGAAGACUCGUCCUCUGUACCUACCAUCAAAUAUGAUUUUGUACCCAUCAGCGACAUUGCUAAUAAAACCCCUGAUGUAAUACUAGAUGUGAUUGGCGUUUGCAAAUCUGCUGCUGACGUUCAGGAGCUCACAGCUAGAACUACCGGCAAAUUGCUGAAGAAAAGAGAAGCGACACUCGUCGACCAGUCCGGGGGCGCUAUUGUCUUGACUUUGUGGGGAAAUGAAGCAGAAACUUUCGAUGCCAGCACUAAUCCAGUGGUAUCAGCUAAGGGCGCCCGGCUGACGGAGUUCAACGGUAGCAAAUCCCUGUCAUGCGCGGCCAGCACUAUGCUACGGCUGAACCCCGAUUUGCCUGAAGCACACAAGCUGCGCGGCUGGUACGACAACGGAGGCGCCGAUAUGGAAAUCGUCAAUAUAUCUGCUAGGCAAGGCGGGUACUCGGGAGGCAGCAACGAGUGGCUGACGUUCUCUGAAGCUGAAGCGCGUCAACUGGGCUCCGGCGAGAAGGGAGACUACUACUCGUUGCUCGGAGUCCUCACGUUCACAUUCGCGGACAACGCCGUAUACAAGGCCUGUCCGCAGGAACAGUGUAACAAGAAACUCGUCGACCAAGAGAAUGGACUGUUCAGAUGCGAGAAAUGCAACAGGGAAUACCCCAACUAUAAAUACAGGCUGCUUUUGGGGGCUACCGUAUCAGACCCGACAGGCGACCAGCGUAUAACUGCGUUCAACGAGUCCGCGGAGGCGAUGCUCGGCAAGCCCGCCGCAGACAUCGGCCGCAUGUUCGAGUACGACAAGGCCGGAUACUCGCAACUCUUUGAGGACGUCAAAUUCCAAACCUUCGUAUUUAAGUUCCGCACAAAAUUGGAAACUUACAACGAUGAAGCGAGGCUGAAGACUACAGUCAUGACAGCUGUUCCGGUCGAUUACAAAGACGCUAAUGCUCGGCUUCUUAAAAGCAUCAAAUCUGUUACAGGUGUGGAAGUAUAGCGUACUGAAAAACAACAACUUUAAUUUAACUAUUUCUUUGGCAAGCGUCAACUUGUUUAUCAAUAACGCCUUUUUUAAUUCUAAACGACUAUGGUCAUUGGCAUUAUACCUCUGUACAAAUUAAUCAUAAUUUUAGAAAUAAGAUAAUGCAGGUUAUCAUUAUCCAGUUUCAAAAACAAGGAAAAUUGUGUCUUAAUCUUACUUAACCAGUGUAUUGAUAUAAAAUUAAGUUUGUAUUACAUUCGUUCUUUAAAUUCCAAAUAAAACUUUUUGUUUUACA